AUGCUAUAAUCUAUAAUUCGCUUUUCUUUUAAUAAAUUUGUUCCCUCAAAAGUCACAUGUUGGAAUUGCAAGUCAAAUGAGUUUAUAAACAGAUUUAUUUGUGGCUAGUGCAAAUAUUUAAAAGAGCCAUCUAUCCAAUUAUAGGAUGUUAAUUACUUUGAGCUUUUUGAUUUGCCAAUUAACAUUAAUGUAGAGACCAGAUAUUUGGAAAAUAAAUAUAGAUCAUUGCAAUUAAAAUUUCAUCCUGACAGAUUUGUGACUAUGCCUCCAAUUAAUAUUUCUUAUAGUCAAGAAUAUUCUGCUUUCAUUAAUGAAGCCUACUCAGUUUUGAAAAAUAUUCAUGAGAGGGCUGAGUACAUUUUAUCUCUAAGGGGCUUUUAAAUUAAAGAAUGUAGUGUUUUAUUGGACCUAGAAUUUAUGGAAGAAAUCCUAGAAUUAUAAUCCCAAGUGUAAAGAGGAGAAAACAUAGCAUAAAUUAAUCAAAAGAAUAGUAAGGAGAUUGAAAAAAUGACAAAAUAAAUUAUUAAUGAUAUCUCAAAUGAACAUUAUGAGAAGGCUUAUGAAAUCAUACUCUACUUAAAAUACAGGCAAAGAUUAAGGGAUUAAAUUUUAUUACAUAUCUGA